CUUGGAGUCAGGUGAAGGUGACGGCGAGGCGACGCCCUAUGGAGCAGUGAGGCGGUGGCAAGGCUCAGAGUCACAAAGAGCUGGGAACAGGUCAAAGCUUUUACAAGGAAGGUCAAGUGUCGUGUGCUAUUCAUCUCCUCAGCCGGCCAGAUGAUGGACAAGGUGGAAGACGAGAACUCUCCCCCAGGGGUGGGUGGAUGUGUGGGCGGCUGCGUGGGACGGUGCGUGGGCGGCUGCAGCGGAGGUGACAGCAGCGACCUAGACCUGGGCGACGACCUCUCAGAUGACACCCGCGACUCCACGACAGACGAUGACCACGGAGACGACCCUCAUUCUGUUCUCUCCCCGGGUCAACCUCUCAGCCGACGCUACCAUCCUUGGCGCCGCUCGCACGGAUGUGGGCGUGACGGCGAUGGUGAAGGCGGCCACGUGACAGAAGCGGGCGUGGGCGAGGUACGGGCAGAGACUGGAGUAGAAGAGCAAGAGGAUGGCCCGGGGGAUGGGCUGCCGCAACGAAGCAUUAGGAAAGUUUUCACCAACACCCGUGAGAGGUGGAGGCAGCAGAACGUGAGUGGUGCCUUCGCUGAGCUGCGACGGUUAGUACCCACACAUCCGCCGGACAAGAAGCUCUCUAAAAACGAGAUUCUCAGGCUGACCAUCAGAUACAUCAAACUCCUUAACUCUGUGCUGGAGUGGCAGCAGCGGCAGGAUGAAGUGAAUGGCUCAGCGGACCUUACUGUUACCAAUAACUCAAACCACCAUAGCAACAACAACAACAACAAUAACAUCCGCAACCACAAUAACAACAAUCACAAUGGUAACAACAGCAAUGACACACACAACAGUGGUGGCCUCAAUUUGAGCAUUUCCCGGUGCUCUCCGAUGUCCCCUCAAGACAACUGCGUUAGCCAAGACUCGUCUCUGCGAUACCGCUACCUCUCCCUCUCAUCCUCCCCUCUGUCCCCACAUUCCCCCCGCUCUACAUCAUCCUCUUCUUCCACUACAACACUGUCCCCUUUACCGCUGACUUACUCCUCUCCUAGCCUCCGCCGCUCCUCUCCUCUUCCAACUGCGCACUCCUUGGGUCUGCCACACACUUCGGUAACUACCCCUACUACCUCAACAACGACCGUUGCAUCCUCCUUCUCAUCAUCGUCUUCUUCCUCUCCCGUGCCACAGUCUCCAGCACUGCCGCCAGUCACAUCAUCUUCAGGAGGCCCGUUGUCGCCAUGUCGCGAAGAGUCACCGACUACCGCGGCGCCUCGCUUCCAUCCCUACGUGUUGGCGGUGCGUGUACGACCCACACUCUCCCUUCUCCAUCCUCCUACUAAGUGAAGCCAAUGUUUAUGCAUUCCUUUACUCAUAUUUAAAGCGAUGGAGAGUAACGUGGAAAAGAAAAUCACACAAAACAAAGUGAAAUGUUGAAGUGUUAUCAGAGAGCAAGAUAUCCUAAGCAACACUGGUUCUGCUAAUUAUCGCGAGAGUAGAAAGCACAGGAUGGUCAGUAAGAAUGAAACGAACUCCUUAACACUAAACGUAACAACCAGUGAUGUAUGAA